AUUGGUCAGUUGUCACAAGGUGCGCGCAACCCUCUUGUCUACCAAAUGUAAGUUAGCUGUUAGUGUUCCAGAUUUGUCGUUAAAAAUGACGCUGUUUAUGAACGCUUGCGCUCUUUUAGUCAAUGUCCUCACUCUACCGCUGCACAUUGCGGAGGUGAUUGGACUUAUGUCUUUCUACAAACGCGUCUUUCCUCUAAUCGUCUAUAAAGUUACGUUCUCCUACAAUGACAAAAUGAACGACAACAAAAGGGAACUAUUUCGAAACCUGGACAAAUUCUUCCCCCCGAAAGGCUCUCUGCGCAUCCUGGAGCUGGGCUGCGGAUCCGGGGCGAACUUUGAGCAUUACCCGACGGGCUGCAGGAUCACAUGCAUCGACCCCAACCCGCAUUUCCAAAAGUACCUGGAGAAAAGCAUGGCGAAGAACGACCACCUCGUUUAUGACAGCUUCAUUGUGGCGUCGGGGGAGAAUCUGAAGGCGGUGGAGGACAACUCAAUGGAUGCUGUGGUGUGCACGCUGGUUCUGUGCUCAGUCCAGGAUACGCAGAAGGUUCUGCGAGAAGCAAAGAGAGUUCUGAGGCCUGGAGGUGCAUUUUUCUUCCUUGAACAUGUGGUGUCUGACCCCUCAAGCUGGAUUUACUUUUUUCAACAUGUUCUUCAACCAUUCUGGUACUAUUUCGGUGAUGGCUGUGAGACAACCCGUGCUACUUGGAAGCACCUUGAGGCAGCUGGAUUCUCUGACCUGCAGCUACGUCACAUGCAAGCUCCUCUGUUUUUUAUGAUCAAACCACACAUUGUUGGUUAUGCAGUCAAAUGAUGAAAAUUAAUUUAGCCAAAAAAACGUCAGUAACCUUCAUUCAAAAUGGAUUCAUUUCACCAUCUACUUUUAAAUGUUUUUGUAUGAAAGACCAAUAAAAUGAAACCAUAAAAUAGAAUGUUUUUGUUUAAUGUGCAAAAUCUCAAGACUGCAUUGUAUAUUUUAUAUGACUGUAUCUUGUUGCAUGAGUAUCCCGUUUGUAAAACACAUUACUAUUAUGAUUAAUUACAAAAAUACCAGCAGGUAAAACAACAAAAUACUUUUAUCUAUAUAAAAAGGCGUUUGGAGAUAAAUGCAGGCCAGCUUUUGUGUUGUUGUGGUUAAUGCAUAAACGAGCCAUACUGCGUAUCUCGUGGUUAGGAGGAAUUAAUUAAUUACUUAAUAAUUUUGACUUCAUGCUGUAUACUUUUGUAAUAUAGUUAAAAGUGCAUAAAUACUCAAAAAGACCACUUUGCAUUCUCCACCUUUACAUUUUGACAGACAGUUUUUUUUCCCAACACUUCUGACUAUUA